UCUAUAAAGAGAAGAUGCAGCUCAGGCGCUUUGAGAUGAUCGCACGGAUUUACUGCGCGCCUCUCUGCCACUCAACUUCCUUCAGCUGCUUCAACACCAAGUGAUUUGGACUGAAAAUAUUCACCUGCUGGACAGAGGGACUUUUGAAUGAAGCUGGAUAUCCCAGUGAUACCAGUUCAGUGUCGGAGUUCUUUAAAAAAAUCCGAAUGUGAGCAUAUUUUCCUCCCUCGCCGUCAGCUGUACUUUAGAUUUGUGCGCGUCGUCGCUUCUCGGCGCAGUUUGUGUUGCCGGUGCGUGGAGAAGGAGCGCGAGGACAGAUGGCUGCGCUGACGAUACAAAGGACUGACAACUUUUUGCACACCUUUUUACAGGACCGGACACCCAGCUCCUCCCCAGAGGGACCACCUAACGCCCUCUCCUUCCUGGCUACUAGCUGCAGCCAGGCCUGGCAGGUGGGAAGCACUAUGGGCUCAGAGGGCUCCCAGUUCCCCUAUGAAGGCACCGUCAGCUCCACAUCUGGAAUGUUUCAGCUUUGGAGUAAUGACAUGGCACCCAGCACGGCCCUCAGCACACACCAGAUGACCUUCACAGUGCCCAAGGUGCAGUUCCCUGGACACAUGCAGUCUGGCCUGGGUCAUCAUCAUCAUCAUCACCCCCAUCACCACCACCACGAGCUGCCUCUCACCCCUCCAGCUGAACCUGCAUCAUCCUACUCCUUUGAACUUUCCCCUGUUAAAGUGUUGCCCUCACAACCACAGACCAGCAGCCCCUAUUAUCCUCAGCACAACAGUGUGGGACAAAACUUCCCCAGCUUCCUCCAGAAUUCCUCAGCCAGGCAUCAUCUGUCUGGAAGCCAUGUGGACGAAGGGCAGCAGUGGUGGAGCUUACCCCAAACCAACGCCACCCCUGCCAACCAUCCCUUUUCCCUGGGUAGGCAGCUGGUUUUGGGUCACCAGACACAGAUAGCUGCUCUUCUCCAGGGCACCUCCAAGGGUCUGCUGAGCUCCACGCGCCGCUGCCGACGCUGCAAAUGCCCCAACUGCCAAGCAAAUGGUGGGGGGUUAGAGUUUGGGAAGAAGAGACUGCACAUCUGUCACAUCCCAGAAUGUGGUAAAGUAUACAAGAAGACAUCUCACCUGAAGGCACAUCUGCGCUGGCAUGCUGGGGAGAGGCCCUUCAUCUGUAACUGGCUCUUCUGUGGUAAAAGCUUCACCCGUUCAGAUGAGCUACAGCGGCACCUCCGCACACACACCGGAGAGAAGCGUUUUGGAUGCCAGCAGUGCGGCAAGAGAUUCAUGAGGAGUGACCACCUCUCCAAACAUGUCAAGACCCACCAGACCAGGAAGGGUCGGUCUGGUCAACCAUCACAGAGUACGGACCCUCUGCUAACCAAUAUUAAGCGAGAGUAAUCUUUGUGGUCUUCCUUUUAGUAAUAAAAAGCAACAAUGACCAGACUGUGUGACUCACAAUUACUGCCAUAGGUUUGCACUAGAGGGUAAGCACCACGCUCCCUGAAUCUUCUUUUUUUUUUCUUGUCAAAGCCCUGCUUUAACUGAAGUAGAACCAUAUAAAUAUAUUUAGUGAGUAAAAUUCUGAGUAUAAAACAAUUGUGUGUUGUUUGAAGCAAUGCACCUUUAAAAAAAGAGAAAGAAAUAAAGAAAAAAAAAGAAAAAUACUUGAACCAUUUUUAAGUGAUAGUCCGUGUACUUUCAACAGAUUUCACCUGGAAAUGAAUCUGAUUUUCUGCCUUUUAAUGAUUUAAAUUUUAUUUAAAUUCAGACUGAUGUGGAAAAUCUAUUUUUCUCAACCUUCAUGAUGUAAAUAUUUUAUCCAUUUGGAUUUUGCCCCGACAUGAGAAAAAUUUUAAAAAGGUUUCCCUUACUAUGUUGGAAAGAAAUGUUUGCCUUAGUAACAGCCAAAAGUUGAAGCAGAACAACUUUUGUUUCCCUCUCAAAUGCUAAGUUUACAUUGGAUGUGUUCCUACUGAUAACUAAGAUUGUAAUUUAAAAACAAAAUCAAAGUAGGUUUUUUUUUAUGUUAACAUGAUUAUAAAUGUAUCUGCUGUUACGCAUCAACGUGAAAAAACAUUCCUACAGAUUAGCAUACAUUUUAAAUCUUAAAGUUCUUUGUAAACUAUGUAUAAAUAUUAUGAACAAUUUUAUUUGGAAUUUUGGCAGCAUGUAAAUUUUAAUAAAC